AUGGGAGCAGCUUCAGGAAAUUGGAGUGAGGCUUCAUCCUAUGUUAAAUUUCAUCCUUAUUGGUGGCGAAAUCCAUUAAAUGCUGUUGGAACAACUGCCCUACACGUUGCAGUGAGCAUGGAACAAACUAGUUUUGUAGAAAAGUUGAUGCAUUGUAUGAGCAGGGAAGAUUUGGAAAAUUACAAGGCGGAAGGGAACACGGCAUUUUGUUUGGCUGCCAUAACCGGAAAUGAGAAAAUUGUUGAAAUUCUGUUCUGCAAGAAUCCAAGGUUGCUAUGGAUUAGAGACCAAAACCAUUUGCUUCCAAUUCAAUUAGCAUCUUCUGCUGGCCACAUUGAUUUGACAGAAUUCUUAUUUCAAAAGACUUCUGAGGACAAACAGAACAAGCUAACCUUCCAAGACGUUGCAGAGAUUGCCCAUCGAGACAUUGUAAGUUCGGUCUUUAAUGGAAUGGAAAAGGAGAAAGAGACAAUGAACCAUGCACAAUUGUCAAAAGCAAUAUUCAAUGCAGCGGAAUCAGGAAGCAUUUGGAUUUUAAAGCUUCUUUUUGAGCACCAUCCUGAUUUGCUUUUUGAAGUGAAUUCCAGCAAGCAAAGCUUACUUCACAUUGCUAUUCUUCAUCGACAUGAAUCUGUAUACAGACUAAUAUUAAGCAAGGGGGCUGCCAAGAAUGUUUUGAUAAAAUUGGCUGAUAUAGAGGAUAACACUGUUCUUCACUUAGCUGCAAAGAUGACACAACCUAAUGGUAGAUCCGGAUUAUCAGCUGACUAUGUUCUAAUGCGUAGUGAAGAGAGAUGGUUUCAGAUGGUGGAGAAAAUAGUUCCGGCUGCAAUGAAAACAAUGAGAAACAAAUAUAAUGAGACUCCUGAAGAAUUGUUCUACGAGUCACACAAAAAGUUGCACAAAGAAUCAAUAUCAGGACUGCAAGAUGUGGCAAAUACAUUGAUAGUGGUAGCAACUCUGAUUAUCAGCCUAGGGAUCAGUGGAGCUAUGACCAUUCCUAUCGAGAAUACUGAUGGUACAAAUACUCCUUUUUUUACGAGGAAGAUAUGGUACACGUUUUUCUUUCUAUCGGUUGCAUUUGGAACAUGCUUCUGUGUUUCAUCUAUGUUCUUCUAUGCUUCGGUUAUUCUUCCUUCAAGUUGGGCAAAACCAAAAGAAGAGUCUGUCCGCUUGCGGCAAACAAAGUUGGUAUUUGGGAAUGUGUCACUUUUCGUCUCUGUUGCACUCAUGUUUAGCGCUCUAAUCUCCGCUUCCGUAUUGAUAUUUGAAUUCUUAUCCAGUUGGAUCCUUUACUUCACUUGUGGACUUGGUGUAGUGGUGUUUAUUGUGCAUCUUACACUCGAUUAUAAGCGAUGGAUUGGCAUUGCAUGCUCAGUGCUAUCUUAUUUGGAGGAUUCUCCAGGGAAGCGGGCAAAACUGAUAUGGCCAAUCUACAAGAUCUAUGUCUUCCUCACGUGGGCAAAGAAAAAUGCUUAA